GCUGAUUUUCAGCCUUUUAUACCGCCAGCUUCAGCCGCUCAUUCAGGUGCAACUCUUUUUAUUUCUCUCCGGUCGGAGUCGCCUUUUGGGAGCUGUGUAGUGCAGUAGCUGUGGACAUGUUUCGGUGUGUUUGCCUGUUCGUUUUGCUUCCUUUGUGUGUUUUUGGGCAGGCUGAAAUGCACAUGUCAAAACCUUCAAAGAGCCUUCCUAACUAUUAUGCGUUUUGGGAUGAAACCAAUGCAUCUACAAUCCCACCUGCCACAAUUCAGUUGUCCUAUUCUACGAGGACUCCAACAACCCCUCAGGCCACCAGCUCCACUGCGGCUCCCACAACCCCCCAGACCUCCAACUCUACUACGGCUUCCACAACCCCUCAGACCUCCAACUCUACUACGGCUUCCACAACCCCUCAGACCUCCAACUCGACUACUGCUCCAACAACCCCUCAGACCACCAACUCCACUGUGGCUCCAACAACUCCUCAGACCACCAACUCCACAGUGGCUCCAACAACUUCUCAGACAACUAAUUUCACAACAGGUCCAACAACCCCUCAGACUACCAGUUCUACAACAGCCGCUCCUACUACUCCACCAAUGCCUAAUGUUGGCGAUUAUGUUGUCAGGGCUGAAUGGAACUCCUCUGCUUGUGUGAUGGCAAGGAUGGGUUUGCAGUUUAGCAUCAAAAUGGUAGACACCUUUCAGGUGGUAAAUCUUGACCCAAGUCCUAAUGUGACUAAUACGAGUGGAACUUGUGGCAACAAUGGCAGUGACUCUGCGCUUACACUAACAUCAGACAAAAUUACUGUCCAGUUCUCCUUCACCAAUCAAUCCAGCAAAUUCUUCUUGAGUGCUUUGAGAUUGACUGUGAUGGAUGGAAGUGGCACCAACUUCACUGUUGAAAAUAGCACACUGUCUUUGUGGGAGGCAUCAUUGGGAAGCUCGUACAUGUGCAAAAAGGAGCAGAGCUUUAACAUCACAGAUGCCCUUGUUUUAAAUACAUUUGAGCUCCAAGUCCAGCCAUUUGCAGUCAUGAAUGACCAAUUCAGCACAGCCCAUGAAUGCUCAGUGGAUGACGCCAGCCUCUUAAUCCCAAUCAUUGUUGGCGCAGCUCUGGCUAUCUUGAUUCUCAUUGUAGUGAUUGCAUAUGUGAUUGGUCGACGAAAGACCUAUGUUGGAUAUCAGACCCUGUAAUGACACCCCUGAAUCACAAAUUGUAUUAAAUUAAUUCAGGUUUUCUAACGUGAUCCUGGGCCACUGCACCAGUUAACCCUUCAAAUUGGCUAGUUCUUUGUAAAAUUAGAUUGUUAAGAAUAACUAAUUUGUCAGCUCCUUGGAUUCUAUGCACUAAAAUAAUCUGAAAUGUGAUCUGUGGAUUUGUUCCAGAAUCAUGGGCCCUGGUGAUGCUGUGUCUCUUGUUUAUCCCCAUAUACAUUUUCUCUUUCCUUAAUCUUGGAAACAAGUGUAAGGUCUUGCAUUAUGUGAUGCUUCUCCACCCCCCCCCCCCCCCCCUUUUUUUUUUGGCAACUAUAGCUAAUGAGUCCUAUGGCUAUUGACACCUUGCCCUGUGUUAAGGGAAAUUGGUCAAUAUAUGGAUGAUGGAGUAAUUUCAUUUCUUUUUGCAGCUUUAUAUUAAACCUUACACUUGCUUCUUCUACAGUGGCUACACUUGACUUUUUUUUUUUUUUUGUUUUUUUCAUAUUGCCCAUGCCAUGAAGACCUUAAGAUGUAAAUUUAUAUUUGGGGUUAAUUGGGGACUAUUGGUGCAGUAGGUUGUUACACAGCUCAAUUUCAAGGUCAUUACCUUUCCAAAGAAAUUGCUCUCAAUUUUUAAAAUAAGGGUUUUAAAAGGGACGGCAUUGUUUAGAAACCGGGCUUUGUCCAGUGUUUUCUAAACCCAAACAAACCAAACUGAGUGGAGAGGAAUUCAUGCUGCCUGUUGCAUGUCUGAGUUUCUUAGCUGCAAGAUUAAUUCUUAAUAUGUUGCUUACUCCCAACCUAAAACUCUGUAGUCCCACUAGUUGAUUUACUAUAAACAGCUGCUUAGUAUAAACUUGCUGUGCAGUUUUACGUUGGAUUUACUAAAAGGUAAUUAAUACAGCAGUUGCUUGAUUGGCAUCUGGGAUAAACUAGCAAGUUUAAAAUGCAUAGGUGUUUUGAUUGUAGAAGUGGCUAUAGAUUUGGCUCCUGAACUGUCACUUUAUGGACAACCAGACCUUUUGGUUGGAACACUGCAAAGCACCAUAUUAAAAAUAAAUAAAAAAUGCAUGCUUUGGAGCUUUGUACUUCAUGGUGUCAUAAGGAAUGGGUGUCAUUUUGAAUGCUUUUGUAUGUUCUUUUGUAUCUGCUUUCAUGUUGCUUAUUCCAUCUAUUUUGGCCUGCAUUAAAUUUAUGUUGCUAAGAAUCAUUUUGUAUGUUCUUUUUCCCCACCUCUGACCUGUAAACUGCUGUUCAUGCUAAAUUAUUUCACAUGUUGCUACCUGAUCAGUUUGGAGUUGUUGGAGCAUAAUUGGGCAGAUUCAUGUCUUGCUUAAUGAAGGUGCAGUAGAGUUCAAUAAAGGUGGAUGGGGAUAUUA